GAAAGGGUAGCCAUGAGAAUCUAUAUUAAGAACACAAAACGGUUAUAUAUACCGUGUUCGCCCUUCCUUUACUAAGAAAGCCAUACACGUCACCACACAACUUUCGUUUUGUUGAUCAAGCAAGAAGAAUUAUGGAGAAACGCCAGAGGAGAGAGAGUGCUACUGAAUCUUGCCCAGUCUGCCACGAGGCAGUAGAAAUUUACGCGAUAGGAAGUUGUGAUCACCCUGUUUGUUACCGGUGUGCUCUGAGGAUGCGGGCACUAUGCAAUCAGUUUUACUGUCCUAUUUGUAGAACUGAUCUGAGUCAGGUUUAUAUGGUUCAUAAUUUGGUAAAGGAGUCGGCUAUACCUCGUCAUGGUUACAUUCCAAACCGGAAGCUGAAAAUUUUCUACGAAGACGAUUCCAUUAAGAAAAGAGUGGAUAAAUUGCUAGAACAUAAUUGCCCUAAAUGUAAACAGUCAUUCAGAUUAUUUAAGGAACUUCAGACCCAUAUGAGGAAGGAUCAUACACAUUUCUACUGUGACCUCUGCAUUGUCCAUUUACAGAUUUUCCCAUUUGAGAGGAAAUACUACAGCCGUCAGGAUCUUGCUACCCAUCGCCGUGUGGGGGACAAGGAUGACACAUCCUACAAGGGUCAUCCGUUGUGUCACUUUUGUGAAGAGCGCUAUAUGGACAAUGAUGAGCUGUAUCGCCACCUUAGGAAAGAACACUACUACUGCCACUUCUGUGAGAAGGAUGGUUGCAAUGAAUACUACGGUGAUUACGAGGAUUUGAAGCGACACUUCAGGGAUCAACAUUACCUGUGUCAAGAUGAAGACUGUGUGAAUGCACAGUUUACACAUGCUUUCCGCUCUGAAAUAGACCUUAAAGCACACAAAGCCAAUGAACACAAUCGUGGACUCACCAAGGCUCAGGUCAGACAGUCACGUGUCGUUGAUGUUGACAUACAACUGGCGCCACGGAAAAAACCACAGAGAGGUGUUGUAUCUAGAGAUGCCUAUGAAGACACAGGACCAAGGAACAGAGGUCGAAAUGGUGUAUCUGGCAGGCAGGCAUCAUACAGGGAACGCUUUAGGGAUGAAGAUGUUGAAAAGGCAAUCAAGGUGUCACUUGAAACAAUGAAGGAAGACAGAACAAAACAGUCAAAGAGUCCAGUUGAGGAGAUGGAGCUGGAAAGCCCAAAGAUUGUACAUGAUGAAUCCAACUUUCCAUUGCUGGGAAAUAUGCCAUCUGGGAGGCCUCAUACACCCACACCAACAGAGGAAUUAAUUAAGGACCGGUCAAUAGCCCACAAACUAGCCAAGGCCAAUCACAUGUCUGUCCAGCAUGGCCGACUAGGAAUGGCCGACUUUCCCAGUCUGGGUCAGUCUAGUGGAGGAGCUCCAGAGCCACCUAAACCUUCAGGGUCAAGGAAAGGCUACCAUGAACCUCGUGUUGGAGCUAGUAAAAGUGUUUCUACUGUUUCAAAUAAGAACCGACCAAGUUCUAUGCAGUCAGUGGAAAAUGAAGACUUCCCAGGACUACCCACUGCCAAAAAUAUAUCUUCAUCUAACACUUCUUCUAAAGUUGGAUCAUGGGGUGUUCAACCUCCCCCAAAACCUCACUCAUCUGUCCAGCAAAACAAAGACAUUACACAAAAUAUCAAUGUGACAUUAGACUCCAAAGUUAGUAAAUCUAAACAGUAUAAUGUAAUUCCCUCUAAAAGGGUUCUUGUAGAUGAUAAGGAAUUUCCUUCAUUGGGAAACAAGCCUCCACUUAACUUAGAAUGGGGAAAUUCAAGCUCAGAAAAUAAAAAACAACCAACCAGUAAGAAAGUUGAUUGGUUUGAUGUUGAUGAGCAAGAAUUCAGUAUACAUAAUUUUAAGAGUGACAAAGACGGUGUACAUACAGACACUGCUGGUAAAAGUAAGAAAAAGAAGAAAAAACAGAAAGGUGUUGAUUCAACUUCUGAUGAGAAGAAUUCAUCUUCAUUUGGAGAACAUGCUUCUCUUGAUAACAUUGCAAGCUCCUUAAUCUCAGCGAAAAGCAAACCAGAUCCAACUGAACUGCAAAAAUUAAAGGAGAACAAAAAACCUGUAUCUGUAAAGGAUUCAAAAGACAUCAAACAUGUAAGUGAUGAGGAAUUUAAAGAGUACCCAGUAGUCACUAAUAGUGGAAAAAUUGAACUGAAAGAAAGGGCCACUGUUGCUGUUGUCCAAAAUCAUUCUACCUUCAACAAAUUUGAUUUAUUGGGUUCAGAAGACUUUCCUCAGAUGGCAAAUAGCAUGCCCAAGUCACGUGCUUCUGAAAAGCCACGCAAAGAAAAAGCCACUUUACUAUUGGAUGAAGAAGAGUAUCCUCAACUUGGUGGUAACAAGAAAUCUAAAGCUCCGCCUGGCUUUUCAAAGACACCAUUGCCUACCUCCCCACCAGGCUUUAGUACCACACCAGCACCUAAAAAGCCCCCACCAGGUUUUGGACCAUCUGUAAAAUCUGAGUCAAAACAACAUGAGAUUUUGGACCUGCAUGCAAUACAGGAAAGUUUGACUCUGAAAACAAUAGUGCCAAUGUCAGUCAACAUGGGAAAUUUUCUGUACGCACCGCUUGAAGAUUCCCAGUCACGCAAUCACAAGUUGAUAUCCGACAUUCGAAGUCAUGCACAUGACGACUUUGAUAAGUUCAAGACCUGGGCUGGAGAUUUUCGCAAUGGAAAGAUGUUAGCUGCCAGUUAUUAUGACAAAUGUGAAAGGCUACUUGGCAAGAAAGAUUUUACUUCAAUAUUUCCUGAACUGCUUGCUCUUCUUCCAGACAUCGACAAACAGCAGGAGCUUUUGUCAAUCUACAGCAGUGUGGAGUCUGCCAAACCAUGUGAUAAACACAGGGGUGGACAGGGCAGGAAAGGGGGAUGGGAGGUAUCCUCCUUUUCAACAUGUCCCACAUGUAGACAGGUCCUGCUUCAGAAGGACUACAAUCAGCACAUUGCUAUGCACGAUACAGGCUCAGACUUCCCUUCCCUGCAUUCAGACAGUUCAUCCAGGCCAGUAGGUCUCAAAGAGUGGGUUAAGGCCCAGUAAAUGUGUGUAUCCCAACAGGGAAUAUUUUUACUAAACCAUGUAUUAGGAGAUGCAGAGGAGCUUCUAGAGAAAUACUAUUUCUUCGUUUUAAUGAGUGUGAUUUUGUUCUGCAAUUUGUGAAUUACCUUUAGGUUUUUAUACAAAUAUUGAUCUUUCAAGGUAAUCUUGUCUAUAGCAGGUCAUUGGAAUCAGUCUUAUUUGAUUGUUCUUUGUUAAACAUUGAUGGGUUGGUCAGAAAAUGCAUGCAAGAUUGGCUGUUUUAGUUUGUGUGGGUUGGGAUGGUUGAAGGAAUGUCUUUUUUUUUAUAUCAGCUAUGAGUGUUAUAUUAAAAUUCUAAUUUUAUUUACCGUCAUGUCUAAUGAGUUGAUGUAUUUAUUUGGACUUGUGCUUUUGGUAUACUAAACAAUUUUAAAUUGUGUAAUCUAUUUACCUGAUAUGUCUAAGCUUGAAAAAUAAAAGGUUGUUUAUGGUUCAAUAAAGCAAAUUGAUAUAAUGAAUACCCCUCAGUGUGCAAUUUAACAAGCUGCAGAUCUUCUUAAACACUUGUACCAUCCGGUAUGAAUGACCUCUUUGGUUUGAUGUCAGUGAAGUGUCAAAGUUAACCAGGGUUUUCUAUAGAACUUGUACUCUCUGCUACCUUGAUUUUCGUAAAAAAAAAGUGUCCAGUUAAUGAGUGCUUACUAAACUGUACUGUACAGUUAAUUGGGGUCCCUUGUCUCACAAUAGUCAUAUCCUGACUUCGUUUACACAGUAUAACCUGUUUCUUCUCUAAGUUAUUUAAUCUGGACCAUGCCUAUUCUGGAAAUAAAUUGUUUUGACAAUAUUGUUUAAGCACUAUGUUUAUUUAAGACUAAUUUUUUCAAGAAAUAGACAUACUGGUGUUUUUCAUUAUAUAUUUAGUUUUGCAAGUAAUUAACCAUUAUUGUUUUGUUUUUACUCAUGAAGUGUAACAACUUACAGUAAAAUAAGUUGAUAAUUUCCUACUGUGACAAAUAAUGUCUUUAUAAAGGAAGAUGUAAUAGCAGAAUGUUCUUGGUUUCUUGAUGAAUAUCACUUAAAUUUCAUUCUUGGGUUGAAUAUGUUCAGCUCACCCUGGCACAAAGUGCCAGUGAACUAACGGUAUGAUGAUGAUGCACAGGCAGGGUCUGUCUUCCAUCUAUCCAUCAGUCCACCAACCUCUUUGUUAGAAUAACUUCCUGAAGCUGAAAUUCGAAAUAUUGUUUGAUAUGAUUCAAGCGAGUUACAAGAAAGUUGGUUUGAGCACAGAAACCAUGCUUGAGCACAAGAACGGUUUCAUGAAUAUGGGCCCUGGUGUUGGAGUGUUAUAAACUCUACUUUUAUCAAUGAGCUUCAUGUAAAGAACUUCAUGUGUUAUUUUUGAAGAUCAAUAAGUUCUACACCGUUGAUAAUUCGGUCUGUACACCAGCAAUGUAUUAGUUUUUUUCUUAUGUAACUGUGAGUGUGGCUGGGAUGAAAGGUCAUAGUGGUUACACAAUAUUAUCUGGAGAAUCGUAAGGUUUACAGCCAAGUUUUGAAGACCAAUUGUGUGAACAUUUUUCUAAGUCAUUGGGUCAUAACUUGGAAACGGUUGAUAUUCCCAUCAUAUAUCCAUUUGUAUCCUUGCUGAGCAUCAAGUAAAUAGCACAAGCAUGCCACAGGGAUAAGCUCAAAGUUUUGGCCAGGGUUGUAGGGACCUGCGCUCGGAUCCUUAAAUAGCCCCAAUUGAGAUCCCAACCCAGAUAACCAUAAACACAUUGUAUGGAUCUCAACCAGAUUUGUUAUGAAGCCUACAUGGGAUCAGAGAGACAGUCAACUACUUUUACUGAAAUAUUUUGACUUUCUAGGCCUUUUAUUUAUAUUUUUCAUGUGCAAUACCAACAAGUGCUUCACACAACUCUUGAAAUUUAACUGUUGUUCAUCAAUUAAGCAGGAAUGUUUUCUAUAAGAAUAUGUUCAUUAUUAUUUUCUGUUCUUAAAUUAGUGCUACAUUUUAAUCUGACCCUAUACCAACCAGCAAAAUGUUUCUGUGAAAUGAUUUCCAGUUCAUAUGAUUAGUUAUACUGAAGAUGAUAAAUCAUUGAAUUAUUAUUUUGGAUUCACUUAAACUAUAUGUAUAUCUUAUUUGAGUAUUCUUUAGCCCUAUCUCUUAGAAUCAUCAUAUGUGAUGAGUUGACUUUUAUACCUUUGUUUUAAAAUCUGCUUUUUGACUUAAGAUAUUAAAGGCGUUUUUAUUAGUCAAGAAGCUGGAGAUAUAAAAUGUAAACAAGACAUAAACCUUUUUUGUUGUUUCAUAUGAGGUACAUGUAAAUUAAUUUCUGAUUAGGAUGUUUUCUGUUAUAAGCUGUAUGUACAGAGUAAUUGGAUUUCAGCUUUAUUACCAGCGUGGCAUUUGAUAACUAAGUGUGAAGUGAUUGUGUAUUUAUAUAGGGCUAAAUUUUGAAAAAAAGGAAACUGCAACUUGUUUGUAGAUAUGAAAUUCUACAAAACUUAACUGUAGUCAUUGUCAUAUACUUACUAAAAGAACCAUGUUAACAGUCUUUGUACUUUGCAAUCCUAAGUAUAGAGGUUUCCCCCUAUGGGUCAAUUAUCAAUAACAGCAACUUAACAUUUUCCCAUGUGGAUCAAUAUAUAAGAACUACGAUUUCCCUAUAUCAAUAAUAACAUCUACAUUGUAUACAUGUACACUACCCCCUAUGUUUCAAGUUAUCAUUGCUAAUAAAUGAUAUAUUUCUUUCUAACGAAACCAUUGAUUGCUAAUGAAAUCAUAUGCAAUGUUUUAAUCAGCAAUUUAAGUGUAAUUCUUUAUAAUUUAAUUGCUGUUUGGUAAUUUCGAAUGGAAAAUAAAUUUAUUUAUGUUC